GUGACUAUUCAAUUUCUUCCGCAAAACACAGUACAAGUGAGAAAGCUCGACUAUCACAGGCAUAUAAUUUGAGAUGUCCACGUCUCACCUUAUCCAACUUGAUAGUCUUUAAGCUGCUUUCACUCAUUCUUGGAUUAAUCUGGCUGUCUAGUUAUAUAUAGCUAUGCAUGUGUUAGCUCAAGGAAUUGUAAGAGGAGAUGGCAUUAGUUCUUGACAUUGAAAAGAUAAUUUUGACUCUUGUGCUCAUUUGGUGUAUACUGAUAUGCUUUGAAGCAACUGGCAUCCAUGCUCAGCCUGGAUAUCCUCCUAAAGAGGAAAUUAAUGCUCUUCGUGAUAUAGCUAAAGAGUUGCGUAAAACAGAUUGGAAUUUUACUCAUAAUCCAUGUGAUAAUAGCACGUACUGGGUAACACCAAAAAGGAGUGAAAUGCCACUCUACAACAAUACUGUCUACUGCAAUUGCAAUUACAAUGGUGGUGAAUGUCAUGUCACUGAUAUAAUUCUUAAAGGGCAGGAUCUUGCUGGUGUUCUACCACCAUCCUUGGUGAAGCUACCCUACCUCAGGAACAUUGAUCUCUUUCGCAACUACCUAUCCGGUACAAUACACCCUGAAUGGGCAUCUACCAAGUUGGAAUAUUUGUCUGUAGGGGGAAAUCGCUUGUCAGGACCAAUCCCAAAGUACUUGGGAAAUAUAACCACUCUGAUAUAUAUGAGCCUAGAGAGCAACAUGUUCAAUGGAACUGUUCCAGCUGAGCUUGGGAAACUGUUCAACUUAGUGAACCUGUCAGGCUUUCUCAUUUUUAAAUUUUAGCACCAAUUCUUGCUUUUAGUUGUUUCAAUUAUCCAUAAAAACAUUGCAUAUGCUGGUUUAAUACCUUAUUUUUCCUUCUUGGUUUGUCUAUCAUUCUCAAUGCCAACAAUCUCACAGGAGAGUUGCCAAUGAAGGUCUUUAACCUGACAAAUUUGACAGAACUGUGAGUAUAUUGGGGAUAUUUUCUCUAGAAUUUAAAUGUGAUUUUUUUUGUUAUUAUUAAUUUAGGAAUUUGUCGUUGUUG